AGCCCUGCUGAGCCCAGGCGCCCCUGACACCCCCAGUGCAGGGUUUCCCGCCGGGAUAGAAGCCAGGCAGCGAAAGUCUGCGGCCCGUCCCUCGCUUCUAGUGGCUUCCUUCCCUUCUUGUAGCCACGGGAUUCAGUGGCCCACGCUCCCGAGGAAGAGGACGGGGAUCGCAGCCUUUCAUAGCCCAACCCUGCGUGCCCGUUUGCUCGUGUGCGACUUUGGUCUAGUGACACUUGGGUGUGAGGGUUGCCUCUCGGUCCCGGUCGUGUUUAUUAUUGCAGGCAAGACUCCCUGUUCUCUCUGGUCCUGUUCGUGGCCGUUUGAGAGUAAAGUCCAUUGGGUAACGGGGCAGAUCAACAAGUAAGCAAGGGAUCGCUUUUGUCACCGCUGAGGGGGGUAAGCGACUGACUGGCAUUGCAAGUUAAAGGAAAACUGAGCCUGGUGUCUCUUAAAUCGGGCUGCCUGCGAGAGGCCCUGGGUUCCUACUUGCGGAUAGGUGGAUAUUUGGAAAAAGACGUCAUGACUUGCUACUUUACCCCAUCUCCAUUCAGCUCCCAUUGACUAAGUCAAAGUAGAUGGCCUUGAGCCAAUUAAUGCAUUUUAAUAGUACUGCCCCUACCAUAGGUGCUAUACAGUAUUAGGUUCUAAUCUACUGCAUCUCCAAGCAGUUUUUCCCCACCCCACUGAUUUUGGCAGUGGUUGUAAAAGAAAAAAGUAGAUACAGCACACCAGUCAGCAGAGAGCUCAACAUCACUUCCUCCCUGUGCACCACAUCAGUUAUUUGAUAAGUGGAGAAAUAGUCCCUUUCCACACAAAUUGCUGCUUGUCAGUUAGUUCAUCCACAUGGAUCAGCUGAGAAGGUGGGGAAUUGGUUUUGUAUCCUUGUGUGUGUAGAGGUGUGCAAGAGUUUGGGUGUCCACUUCCACUUUUGACCACACCCACUGCUGACAUGCAGCCCCAGAGUGAAUGUGGCCCUCAGGCCAAUGAAGGCUGGUUACCUUUGGUAUAUUUGUUACUCAGGCUACGUAAAGCGUGUGCUCAAUACUCCUGAUUAUAUAAUCUGGGGAGGCUCAGAGGUACAGUAGUGGCAGAACACACACUUUACAUGCCCCAUGGCAUUUCUAGUUAAAUGGAUCGGGCAAAGAUCUUUACCAGAGACACUGGCAAGAACCUCCCAGUUUGAGUAGACGACACUGGGUUAGUUGUAAAAAAGUAACCUGGUAUAAGGCAGCUGCCUAUAUUAAGAAUAUGUAAGGUGCUGUGGUCUAAACCACUGAAUCUAGGGCUUGCUGAUCAGAAGGUUGGCGGUUCAAAUCCCUGUGGUGGGGUGAGCUUCCGUUGUUCGGUCCCAGCUCCUGCCCACCUAGCAAUUCGAAAGCACGUCAAAGUGCAAGUAGAUAAAUAGUUACCGCUCCAGCGGGAAGGUACACGGUGUCUCCGUGUGUUGCUCUGGUUCGCCAAAAGCGGCUUAGUCAUGCUGGCCACAUGACCCAAAAGCUGUCUGUGGACAAACGCCGGCUCCCUCGGCCUAUAAAGCGAGAUGAGUGCGCAACCCCAGAGAUGAGAGUCGUCCACGACUGGACCUAACGGUCAGGGGCCCCUUUCCCUGUUAAAGCUCGUAUUAUACCUAUUUGCUUUUUAAUUGUAGUCUUUUCUGAUAAGCUGGUCACACUCGCUGCAGAAUCUUGCAUUUUAAUGUAUAUUUUACAUUUUGAGUAAACUGCUGUAUACAAAUUAUGUUAAAUAGGAAUAAAAUAAAUAGUCUUUUGGUUCCAUUGUUUAUAGUAAGAUGAAAACAAUGCAGACAUAGUGGGUGAAAGAUUACAAAUAAGUAGCUUUUGAGCGUUUUGCAGACAUGAGUGUUAUUUUGGAAGAGAAGCCAUUAUAAAUAUUAGUAAAAAAGGUAUGUGCUGCUUUAAUCUUUUGAUUUGUUGUUGAAGUUGUUUUGGUUUCCAGCUUAUUCUACCAUAAAUAGAGACUCAAAUGGUUGUGUAAUGAAGUUCCAUUAAAUUUUUCUGAGGAUAGGAAAAGCAUUCUCUCCAUACUUGACACCUAAAGUAAAGCAAGUGGUACUUCUGUUUCCAUCCAGAGAGCUUUUGGACCAAAUAAGACUUGACAAAUGAAGGUGGAACAAAAGGACUUGAUAACAGCAUCAUGUUCACAUGUAAUCCAUCUAACUAAAAUCUGUUCUGUGUAAGUUUUGCAAAGGCUGGAAAAAUCUUAGUUUACCUGUUGGAGAUGAAUUUAAUGUCUCAUCAUAUGGAUCACUGAAUGGGUAAUAAAUGGCCCUUCCUCGCCUAACAGGAGCCCUGCGCUCCUUUUCAAAUGUCACUAAACAAGAUGAUUACAGUGAAGAAUCUGCUGACUUAACGAAUAAAAGAACCAAAUUGCAAGAAGAGCAACUGAAGUCUGGUCUUACCUGGAAGAAAAUAGUUAGCUUUGUUGAUGAAAAUUCAGCCAAGGAAAACAAACAAUCCAUACUUGAAGAUUUAAAGACAAUACUACAAGCUUCCAAACAAAUAGUGGGAUCUGAGAAUGGUCAGGAAGCCAUUGAAAGUGGUGCUGUUUUCCUUUUUAAAACAUUUCACACAAAGGAAUGUGUUGGUCAUGAGGAAACAAAAGCCAUCAAACAGAUGUUUGGGCCCUUUCCCUCAUCCUCUGCGACGGAAGCCCACGAAGCCACCUAUCGGAUUGCUUCCCAUUUCACAGAAGAUCAGCUAGCUGGCCUUCUGCAGAUGACAGAAGACAAAAACGAUGACAGGAAAUUGUGUUUUGGUAAAAACAUCGCGUUUUCCUUUGACAUGUAUGAUUUGGAUCACUUUGAAGAACUGCCAGUAAACGGUGAAAUUGAUGAACAGAAAGGUAUUAGCUUGGAUUUUAAUAAAUUUCUAAAUAACCAUUUGGAACGUUUCCCAAAUGGCUAUGAUGAAAGCUCUGGCAUGAAGUCAUCGGACAAAGUGGAUGAUUCUUUUCUGUGGUGUGAGGUUGGAAAGUACCUGAGUGAAUCACUAAAAGAAACCCCUGGAGUCCCAACAACAGAGGAUCUUUGCUGCACUUUGUAUGAGAUGCUAGCUUCGCAUAAAAGUGGUGAUGAGCUUCAGAAUGAGUUGUUUGAGCUGCUAGGACCUGAGGGAUUUGAACUCAUAGAGAAACUCCUCCAGAACAGAUCACCAAUUGUGGAGAGAUCUUUCUCGGGACCAAAUGACUAUAAACUGCAAUCUCUGCAAGAACAGUGCAGGAAGCUUGCUGGAGAAAACACUAAGCCCAACUAUGGCUGUCAAGUAACAAUUCAGUCUGAACAAGAGAAGCAGUUAAUGAAACUAUAUCGUCGUGAAGAAAAGCGGAAUGCCCGGCGAGAAAAACGAACUGGGGAGGAUGGAGACGUUUUUGUCGAUGGAGGAAUGUGCUUUGAUCCCAAAGAGCUCCGCAGUCAAAGAGAACAAGCGCUUUUGAAUGCCCGCACAGUGCCAGUGCUAGGCAGACAGCGAGACACAGAAUUUGAAAAAAUUCAUUACCCUCACGUUUACGACUCUCAAGCUGAAGCUAGGAGAACCUCAGCAUUUAUUGGAGGAUCGAAGAUGCUUCUGCCAGAAGGUAUUGAGAGAGAAAAUAACAAAAUGUAUGAAGAAGUAAAGAUCCCUCACACUGAACCAAUGCCUAUUGGUUUGGAGGAAAAACCAGUUUACAUUAACGAUUUGGAUGAGAUUGGGCAACUUGCUUUCAAGGGCAUGAAAAGGUUAAAUCGAAUCCAGUCCAUAGUUUUUGAAACUGCCUACAAUACAAAUGAAAACAUGCUAAUCUGUGCGCCCACUGGAGCUGGAAAGACUAACAUUGCCAUGUUAACAGUUUUGCAUGAAAUCCGUCAGCAUGUUCAGCAAGGAGUCAUCAAAAAGGACGAGUUUAAGAUUGUUUAUGUUGCUCCUAUGAAGGCAUUGGCAGCUGAGAUGACAAAUUACUUCAGUAAGCGGCUGGAGCCACUAGGCAUCACAGUGAAAGAGCUGACUGGUGAUAUGCAGUUGUCGAAAAGUGAGAUUCUACGAACCCAGAUGCUUGUGACCACUCCAGAGAAAUGGGAUGUUGUGACAAGGAAGAGUGUUGGAGAUGUAGCCCUCUCCCAACUUGUGAAGCUCCUUAUUCUUGAUGAAGUGCACCUUCUACAUGAAGAUAGAGGACCUGUGCUGGAAAGUUUAGUGGCACGCACCUUACGUCAGGUUGAAUCUACCCAAAGCAUGAUUAGGAUCUUGGGCCUUUCAGCCACUUUACCUAAUUACCUUGAUGUUGCUACAUUUCUGCAUGUUAAUCCCUAUAUUGGACUGUUUUAUUUUGAUGGUCGUUUUCGGCCUGUUCCACUUGGACAGACAUUUCUUGGUAUCAAGACAACUAACAAGGUGCAGCAGCUGAAUAAUAUGGAUGAAGUUUGUUAUGAAAAUGUCUUGAAGCAAGUAACAGCUGGACAUCAGGUGAUGGUGUUUGUUCAUGCUCGGAAUGCUACUGUCAGAACUGCAAUGGCUCUUCGUGAGAAAGCUAAAAAUAAUGGUCACAUUUGCUACUUUUUACCAACCCAAGGUCCUGACUAUGGGCAACUAGAAAAACAAGUUCAAAGAUCCAGAAACAAGCAAAUGCGUGAAAUGUUUCCUGAUGGAUUCAGUAUUCAUCAUGCAGGAAUGCUGCGGCAAGACAGAAGUUUGGUGGAAAACUUGUUUUCUCGUGGAUAUAUAAAAGUCUUGGUUUGUACAGCUACAUUAGCUUGGGGUGUCAAUCUUCCUGCUCAUGCUGUCAUUAUUAAGGGAACACAGAUCUAUGCUGCAAAAAGAGGCUCCUUUGUUGACCUCGGAAUUUUAGAUGUCAUGCAGAUAUUUGGUCGAGCUGGACGACCUCAGUUUGACAAAUUUGGAGAAGGCGUCAUUAUUACAACACAUGACAAACUCAGCCAUUACCUGACCCUGCUUACUCAGCAGAAUCCAAUCGAGAGCCAAUUUCUUGAAAGUCUGGCAGACAACUUGAAUGCAGAGAUUGCUCUCGGAACAGUGACAAAUGUCGAGGAAGCAGUAAAGUGGAUAAGUUACACUUACCUUUAUGUACGGAUGAGAGCAAACCCAUUAGUAUAUGGCAUCAGUCACAAGGCUUAUCAGAUGGAUCCAGGCUUAGAGAAGCACAGAGAGCAGCUAGUGAUUGAAGUUGGCCGAAAGUUGGACAAAGCUCGGAUGAUUCGUUUUGAAGAGAGAACUGGAUUUUUUUCUUCUACAGAUCUAGGCAGAAUUGCCAGCCACUACUACAUUAAAUAUAAUACAAUUGAGACUUUCAAUGAACUGUUUGAUGCUCAUAAAACAGAAGGUGACAUUCUUGCUAUAGUGUCUAAAGCAGAGGAAUUUGAACAGAUCAAGGUGAGAGAAGAAGAAAUAGAAGAGCUCGAAGCCUUGCUGGGUGAUUUCUGUGAACUUCCAGCUCCUGGUGGUGUAGAGAACAGUUACGGGAAAAUAAAUAUCCUUCUGCAAACAUACGUUAGCCGAGGAGAGAUGGACAGCUUUUCCCUUAUUUCUGAUUCUGCUUAUGUUGCACAGAAUGCAGCACGUAUUGUCCGAGCUCUUUUUGAAGUGGCUCUUCGAAAACGCUGGCCUGCAAUGACAUACCGGCUACUAAACCUUAGCAAAGUAAUUGACAAGCGAUUGUGGGGUUGGGUCAGCCCUCUGCGACAAUUCUCAGUCCUGCCACCGUCAGUCCUUUCCAAAUUGGAGCAAAAGAAUCUCACUAUUGAUAAGUUGAAAGACAUGAGGAAAGAUGAAAUCGGUCAUAUGCUUCAUCAUGUGAAUAUUGGCUUAAAGGUCAAACAGUGCGUCCAUCAAAUCCCCUCCAUUACAAUGGAAGCCACCAUCCAGCCAAUUACACGCACUGUGCUGAGAGUUAGGUUGAACAUCACUUCGGAUUUCAAAUGGAGCGAUCAGGUACAUGGAACAGGUGGAGAGCCCUGGUGGAUUUGGGUGGAAGACCCUACCAAUGAUCAUAUUUACCAUUCAGAAUAUUUUAUUAUUCAAAAAAAGCAGGUCAUUGCAAAAGAGGCUCAGCUGUUGGUAUUCACAAUUCCCAUUUUUGAACCACUUCCAUCCCAAUACUAUAUCCGGGCUGUAUCUGAUAGAUGGUUAGGAGCUGAGGCUGUCUGUAUCAUCAAUUUUCAGCAUCUGAUUUUGCCAGAAAGACAUCCACCUCAUACAGAAUUACUGGAUCUCCAGCCUUUACCUAUCACAGCUUUGGGACGUCCUGAGUAUGAAGCCCUGUACAAAUUCACUCAUUUCAACCCAAUUCAGACGCAGAUAUUCCAUACACUUUAUCACACAGAUUGUAAUGUUCUUCUUGGAGCUCCCACUGGCUCUGGGAAGACAGUUGCAGCAGAACUGGCUAUCUUCAGAAUUUUCAACAACUAUCCGACAUCCAAGGCAGUGUAUAUUGCUCCCCUGAAAGCGCUGGUGCGAGAGAGAAUUGAAGACUGGAAAAUUAGAAUUGAAGAAAAGCUUGGUAAAAAGGUUGUGGAGUUGACAGGGGAUGUGACUCCUGAUAUGAGGUCAAUUGCCCAAGCUGACCUCAUUGUUACUACACCAGAGAAGUGGGAUGGGGUCAGCAGAAGCUGGCAGAACAGAAGCUAUGUUCAAAAAGUUUCCAUUCUCAUCAUAGAUGAGAUCCAUCUGCUAGGGGAUGAGAGAGGCCCUGUGCUGGAAGUUAUUGUGUCUCGUACUAACUUCAUCUCAUCUCACACAGAAAAGCCUGUCAGAGUUGUUGGUUUGUCGACUGCAUUAGCUAAUGCCAGGGAUCUUGCCGAUUGGCUAAAUAUCAAUCAGAUGGGGCUAUUCAACUUCAGGCCCUCAGUGCGCCCAGUUCCAUUGGAAGUACACAUUCAGGGCUUCCCAGGCCAGCAUUAUUGUCCUCGUAUGGCUAGCAUGAACAAGCCAGCAUUUCAGGCUAUCAGGAGUCAUUCUCCAGCGAAGCCAGUUCUUAUAUUUGUAUCAUCCAGACGUCAGACUAGACUUACUGCUUUGGAGUUGAUUGCUUUUUUGGCAACUGAGGAUGAUCCAAAACAGUGGCUGAAUAUGGAUGAAAGAGAGAUGAGUGUCAUCAUAGGAACAAUCAGGGAGUCCAAUCUCAAACUGACCCUUGCUUUUGGAAUAGGCAUCCAUCAUGCUGGCCUGCAUGAACGAGACAGAAAAACUGUUGAAGAGUUAUUUGUGAAUUGCAAAAUCCAAGUCCUUAUUGCUACUAGCACAUUAGCCUGGGGUGUCAAUUUUCCAGCACAUUUAGUGAUUGUUAAAGGGACAGAAUUUUAUGAUGGAAAAACAAGGCGUUAUGUUGAUUACCCAAUUACAGAUGUUCUUCAGAUGAUGGGACGUGCUGGGAGGCCUCAGUUUGAUGAUCAAGGAAAAGCAGUCAUUCUGGUUCAUGACAUCAAGAAAGACUUCUACAAAAAAUUUCUUUAUGAACCUUUCCCAGUAGAAUCAAGUUUACUGGAAGUUCUGUCUGAUCACUUAAAUGCUGAAAUUGCAGCUGGAACUAUAACUUCAAAGCAAGAUGCAAUGGAUUAUAUCACCUGGACUUACUUUUUCCGUCGCCUUAUCAUGAAUCCAAGUUACUAUAACUUAGAUGCCGUCAGCCAUGACAACAUGAACAAGUUCCUUUCAAACCUUGUGGAGAAAUCACUCGUUGAUCUGGAAUACUCCUACUGCAUUAAAUUGGGGGAGGACGACCACAGCAUUGAACCUCUGACUCAUGGCCGCAUUGCGUCAUAUUAUUAUUUGAAGCACCCAACCGUCAGGAUGUUCAAGGAUCGUUUGAAACCCGAAUCUAGUGUUGAAGAUCUGCUCUCAGUUCUGACAGAUGCUGAAGAGUAUGCAGACCUUCCAGUACGACAUAAUGAAGAUCAAAUGAACAGUGAACUGGCCAAACAUGUCCCCGUUGAAGUCAAUACGCAUUCUUUUGACAGUUCACACACAAAAACCCAUCUUCUGAUGCAAGCCCAUUUUGAACACGCUCUGUUACCGUGCCCGGAUUAUGUCACUGAUACCAAGACGGUGUUAGACCAGUCAAUUAGAAUAUGUCAGGCAAUGCUGGAUAUUGCAGCAAACGAAGGUUGGUUGGUGACUGCUCUAAACAUAACCAGUUUGGUACAGAUGCUGAUUCAGGGGCGAUGGAUCCAUGACUCCUCUUUGCUUACUUUACCUAACGUUGAAUACCAACAUCUUCACCUCUUCAGGAACUGGAACCAAGGGAAAAGGAAAGGUGGUUACCAAGGGCCUAUUGAAUGUCUUCCUGAACUGAUUGCUGCAUGUGAUGGGAAAGAGUCUGUUUUUGCUUCCAUUGUAGACCGCGAUUUCCAUGCCACACACAUUACACAGGCUUGGCAUUUCUUGUCCCACUUGCCUGUUAUAGAAGUUAAUAUGACUAUUAAAGGUGGCUCGGACGAAGCAGUUCAAGAACAGAAUGAACUACCUGUCCCAAUGCUGGCAACAAACAUGCGGGAUAACAAAAAGUGGAUCAAGUUGCAUGCGGACCAAGAAUAUGUCCUCCAGAUAAAAUUGAGGAGAUUGCAUAUGGGUUACACCAAGGGCAGGCAAGACAGCAAAGCCAUUGCGCCACGGUUCCCCAAGACUAAAGACGAAGGGUGGUUCUUGAUCCUCGGAGAAGUGGACAAAAAGGAACUUGUUGCUUUGAAAAGAGUUGGAUAUGUCAGAAAUCAGAGUGCGGUUUCAGUUGCUUUUUACACCCCAGAAACUCCUGGAAAGUAUAUCUACACUUUGUAUCUUAUGAGUGACAGCUACCUCGGAAUGGACCAACAGUAUGACAUUUAUCUGAAUACCCUACCAACCAAUACAUCAGCACAGGUCAACACAGAGAUCUCUGGUGCCUUAAAUGACCUGGCUCUGAACUAACAUGGCCUUUGUACUCACCUGUGCACAUGUUCAUUCUAGGAAAGGGAAAUUGUGUUUGCCAAAGUGCAAUCAGCAUCCAACUUCGACACCUAGGAAAUUGAAAGUGACUACUGUAUUGAUUCUGAUAACACAGAGUUAGCCACAGUGGCCUUUUACCCAAUAAAAGGGUUGCAUUUUUUAAAAUAAAUCAUUUUCUAGGUUUCUUGCAAAGCGACUCUGUUUUCCUAUUAAUGUAUAUUGCCACUGUUGGUUUUGGCAGGUCAGGAUAUGAAAGGAGCAGAUCCUUUGAUUUGCAAAAACUUAACCUUUUCAUUAGUGUUCCUGAAAUCAUCAUUGCAGCCACUUUCUGUGAUCCAAACACACCAUUUAUGUGUUAGUAAGCUGGAGAUUCCAAACUAGCUCUCAAAGAGGCAAGAAAGUUCCAACUGCAUGGAUGGUUUGUGCAUGAAUGAAGUAUUUCAAUCACAGCCACUCUGUGUACAUGGUUCUUUCCCCCCUUUAAUUUAUGAGACAUGGCGAUGGGGGAACGUUGCUGAGGUACAUUGCAAGGUUUUGUACUGAAGACAAUGCCUGUGGCACAUUUUGUCAUCUCAGAAUUUUCUGUGUAAAAUGUAUAGGAAAUAGUAAUAAAGUUCAGCACUUAAGCACAUCAUACGUUUGAAAAGUCAUUGUACACGGGCCUUUUUAAAGGACUUGAAAAUUGACUGUACAUUCAAUAGGCUGUGCCAUUUGAGGUUACAUACAAAAGAGUUCAAGCUGAAAUUAGGAAUGUAAAGUACCGUAUAUUCUGGCCUAUAAGACGACUUUUGAACCCAGGAAAAUCUUUUCAGAAGUUGGGGGGUCGUCUUAUACGCCGGGUAUAAGAUUCUGCGGUCACCGCAUAUGGUGGGGGGAGCUCCAAAACGGCCCGCAAGCGCAUCCCCGCCAUAUGCAGCGACCGUGUAAGCGGCUGCCGCUUUCUUUCCGUGCAGGAAGAGGGGAUACGUGGGGCUUUCCUCCCUGCAGGAAAGAAAGCAACAGCCGCUUACUCGCAUGUAAGCAGCAGCCUCCGCUUUCUUUCCAUGCAGGAAGAGGGAACGCACAGGGCUUUCCUCCUUGCAGGGAAAUAAAGCAGCAGCCGCUUACUCGCAUGUAAGCAGCAGCCGCUUUUUUUCCGUGCAGCAGAGGGGACGCACGAAGCUUUCCUCCCUCCUCCCUCCUCCCUGCAGGGAAAGAAAGCGUCACCUAAUUACGCGUGUGUAAGCAACUGCCGCUUUCUUUUCCUGCAGGAAGAGGGGAAAGAAAAGCACAGAAAGAAAACAUGCACGGCAGCCUCUUUCUUUCUCUCCCCCCCCCUCACCUCGGUGCCUGGAACAACAGAGUGCCAGUGGAGCAGGCUCCCUCCCCUUCUCCCUCUCCCCACCUCUCCUCCCCUCCCUCCGAAUGAAAUCUACGGUAGUUCAAGUAGUUCUUAGCAUGCCUGCAAGUAAGUGCAUUUAAACACCUGUGCAUUUAAGCACUGAUGUCUCUCUUUUGGCUUCAUUUACUGGUGUUUAAAAAGCGGGGAAAGGAAGAGAUACAGAAAAUUUUUAAUUGGUGUGCGUUGGAAUUUUGGGAUAUACUCAUUAAGGUAAGUAUAUCCCAAACUCUAUAUUUUGACUGGAAAAGUAGGGGGUCGUCUUAUACGCCUAGUCGCCUUAUACACCGGAAUAUACGGUAGCAAUGCAUGUUUAAUGUCUGUAGAGUGACUGGUACUGCAGUGGUUUAUACUGGUAAGUUUAUUGGGGGUCUAAAAAAUUCCUCAUUAAAACAAACACAGCUACUGCACUUGAUAAAUGUGUUUAGAAAGGCCUAAUUAAUAGCUAGUACAAAACGAUGUCAAUGGGUAUUUUUAUUUGUUUGUUUCUGGGUGGCAUAUAAAGUUAUCUGGGCAGCUUACGAUAAAGCACA